GCGAAGAACGCUAUGUGUAGUUCUAUAAAUAGCAACAAAACGGUUACUAAUACUAGGCCUAGUGUUAGCCAAACUGUCGACGACACCAAAUUGAACACUGUUACGACAGAAUCAACUACAAAAGCUGUUUUGGACACGGUCCGUACAGAAAUGUGUAAUUUUCAAAAGCAAAGCUUGUCAGAAUUAAAGCAGUUCAUUUUAGACAGCUUAAAAUCAGACGAUUUACGACAAUCAAAUGUUGGUCGCUCAUGUAAACAAGGUCAAGGCUGUGAUGUGUAUGACAGCGAAAAUAGUCGACAAGAUGAACUUAAAACACGCAGAAAGCGUAAACACGAACGAAGAGAGAUCUUUAAAAAUGUUGUUUCCUAUUCGGAUUUAGAUGAGGAUGAUAUUAUUCCUUCUGCACAACAUGUUCGACAUGAUAAUGACAACGACGAUGUCAUUGACCAAAUUGAUGACUUGUUGGCGGACGAUAAUAGUGUAAAGGGAGAUAAUCUCGAAGUCAACAAAGAUGAAACAGAGUCUUUUGAAACUGUUCUUGAACAAGAAUACACUAUAAAAGAAGUCGUGGGGGCAAACUUAAACCCAAAAUUGAUUUCUAUUGUUAAUCAAUUGUUUGUAAAGGUACUGCCUGAGGAAAAACUUAAGGAAAUGACAGAGAAAUAUCCUAAGCCAGCAAAUACGGAGGUUAACAUGCCUUUAGUAAAUAAGGAAAUUUGGUCGGUGUUGAAAACUAACACGAAAACUACAGACCUGAAGUCUCAGAAAAUUCAAAAUAAAGUGGUUAAAACUUCUUACUCACUUGCAGAGCUGAUUGCUUUUUUAAUGGAAUUGAAGAAAAAGGCGAAAUGUUCUCCAGAUGACAUGUCAAAGGCUAUCAGAAUGGCAAUGGAUAGUAUGACUAUGUUGGCACAGGCAAAUCGUGAAUUAAAUCAAAAGAGAAAAGACACUUUGAGACCAGAUUUGUCAUAUCCCUCUAAAUUGUUGUGCAAUCCUCCAACUGGAGAUGUUGAAAAUUCUGUUUUUCUAUUUGGAGAAGAGCUGGGCAAGAAAGUUAAAGAACUGAAGGAAGCUAACAGUGUAUACAGCCUUCAACCUCAGGGUCUACUUCUGCGUAUAAAUAUAGAAAUAACUAUAAUAAUUAUCGGUACCAGCCUUACAAAAGAAGUACUAAGGGUUACUCAAAUAAUGGAAAGCCUUUUUUGUCCCAGGGCUUCCGGAAAACGGGCCAAACAAGAUAUCAGAAAUCUUGGAAAAGCAGCCACUACAAAGACAAAAACCUACAUGUAACUCAAACAAAGAGUUAGAAUCUGACCUUUUGGUGAGUGAAAUUCGAAGGUAGAGAAAAGUCUUCAUCAUCAUGCCAAAAAUCCAAGGACAGAUUUGCCAAAGAUGUGUUUGUUAGCAGUGAGGAUAACAGGAUUUUCUUCUCAAAGUACAAUAUUUCACAGCAAACUAAAGACAUUCUCCAAUCAUUAUGGAGAAAAUCAACAAUGGUUCAAUACAGAUCGUAUAUCGACAAAUGGUUUAGGUACUGUAAUAAAUGGAAAGUGGAUGCCUUUCAACCAUCUGUAGAAAAUAUUCUGGAAUUUCUAACCUCUCUUUUUAAGUCUGGAUUGAAAUACAGUGCAAUUAACACAGCCCGAAGUGCAUUGUCUUCAUUUAUUACAAUUAACAAUCAACCUGUGGGUUCUUUGCCUAUCUGACAAGAUUUUUAAAAGGUGUUUUUAAUAUUAGACCUGCUUUACCAAGAAAUAAGUGUUCAUGUGAUGUAAAUAUUGUUUUAUCGUACCUAAAAAAGUUGUCUCCUGUGAGGAAAAUCUCGUUAAAACUUCUGACUUUUAAAUUAAUUAUGUUAUUUAGUUUGUUAUCAUCAAGUCGAAUUCAGACUUUGCAGUUGUUGGAUAUAAGAAAUAUCCGAAUGGGAAAAGGUUCAGUUCAGUUUAUAAUUGGUGAUAAAUUAAAGCAAACUAGACCCGGAUUUCAUCAAGAACCUAUCAGAAUAAAAGCUUAUGUUCCUGAUACACGUUUGUGUUUAAUGACAGUGUUAAAAGAAUAUGUGGAUAGAAGAAAAGAUAUUCGUUCAUCUAAUCAAUUAUUUUUAAGCUUCAUAAAGCCUUACAAACCAGUUGGCAGGGAAACCAUUUCCAGGUGGAUUAAGACAGUUUUAAAAUCAGCUGGAAUUGAUAUAAAACAAUUUGUUCCUUAUAGUGUUCGAUCAGCAGCAUCGAGUGCUGCACAAAGAGCAUGUGUUCCUAUUCAAUCAAUAAUUAAAACUGCAGGUUGGUCAAGAGAUACCACAUUCAGAAAAUAUUAUAAAAAACCUUUGUCUGAAGAAGGAAUUUUUAGUGCAAAAAUUCUGGAAAAUUUACAUAACGAUAAUGACUGAUUACAAAACUUUAAGCUUGUUUAUUCCUUAGAUUAAAGAUCUAAGAUCUGAUAUUAUAAAAUAAUUACUACUAUGGUUUAAUGUGUUUAAUAAUAAAUGCUUAAAAAUUU